AUGCCUAUUCUGCUCAGUCAACCUCUGCUGCCCUCACAUAUCUCGGUGCUCGCCAUAGUUGGGUGUGCUGUCUUGUUUCUGUUGCUCACUGUCGCCGUGAUAUGCUGGACGUACCGCCACAGGGGGAUCUGGGCCUCCUCAUCCGCGAAUGCGAAGUGGAUUGGUGGUCCCAAAGGAAAACCAUUCAAAGGCAACCUACAAGAACUCGACACUCAUGGCGCUGCCAGCUGCAAGGCCUGGUACUCCUUGUACGAGAGGUACGGCCCUGCCUACGAAAUGACAAUCCCCUUCUUCCGGCUGCAUGUGAUCAAUCAUCCGACCUAUCUAGAACACAUUCAGAAGCACAACAGCAAGAUCUACAUUCGAGGGUCAUUCACGCGCAAUAUGUUCGGGGAGCUUCACAGGACCGGUAUCUUCGUUGCUGAUGGCAAAGAAUGGUAUGCACAACGGAAAGCGGCCACCAGAGCAUUCAGCAAGCACAAUUUCGAAGCUCAUAUCACGCAAUCCGUGCAUCACUGGCUCGACAUCCUCAUGAGCCUCUUGUCCAAUUUGGCAAAGAAGCAGGAGGAGUUUGACUUUCAGGAGCUGAUGUCACGUUUCAUAUUCUGUCUCUUCCUCCGAAUUGCUUUCCAUGAGGAUAAGCUCGCACUGGAUAUCUUGUCGGAGAACCCGGUUUGUCUCACGUCUAAACCAGAUUAUGUCGAAGCAUUUGAUCAAGCAAUCCAUCUAUUCGAUCGAAGGAGGCGGGACCCUUUGUGGAGAAUUACUGAGAAACUGUCGGGCGAAGAUCGUAUUACCAAGAGAGCGGUGAAACUCUUCUAUGGACAGAUCGACGGCCUCAUAAAGAAGCGUCUAGAAGCAAUGAGCAAUGGUUAUAAGCCUAACGCGAACGCUGGAAUCGACCUUCUGGACCUCUUCUUGCAAUCAACGACCGAUCCGUAUACUUUGGGCGGGAUGGUGUUCUCCUUCCUCUCAGCUGGUCGUGACACGACCACAUACCAAACCUCCUGGCUUAUGAAGGAAAUUCACCAUAAAGACAAUCAGCAUCUGGAUGCAGCCAACAAAAUCCGUGCGGAAGCUGAACAACUUGGCUUUACCAGUGCCUACCUUGGAUAUGGAGAUGCGCCUAAAUUACGUUUUGCGAAUGCCAUGUGGGACGAAACAACUCGCCUUGACACUGUUUCCCCAGCCGGCCAACUGGAGGCAGCUGAGGACGAUGUUCUCCCUGCGGUGCCUGAGCUCAACAUGCCCCCACGCUAUAUCAAGAAAGGCGACGUCGUCAGUUAUCAAAACUAUGUCCUCUCGCGGAUGCAUGAAGUCUGGGGAAAAGACGCUGCUGUUUUCAAUCCGUAUCGAUGGUUUCAAGAGGAUGGAGAAGGGAUAUCUUACAGUCCUUUCAAAUACCACUCCUGGAAUGCUGGGCCGCGCAGUUGUCUUGGACGUCCUCUCGCUACGUACGAGGGUAUCACCAUCAGCACUGCCAUUCUCCAACGUUUCGACGUCGAUCUAUCAGACAGUGGCAGAUUGUAUGAACCGCUUGCUGGACUGAACAUGGGAAUAAAGGGCGGUCUGCGGAUGAGAGUGAGGGAGAGGGAGUUAAAAACUUGA